AGCGCGGCCCGGGCCGGCCCCGCGGGGCGGUCGCGGCCGUGACGGCGGCUCCCGGCCCCGGCUCCCUUUCCUCACCCCUCCCGCCGGAGAUGAGGGGAAGAUGUCCGUGUCAGGGCUCAAGGCCGAGCUGAAGUUCCUGGCGUCCAUCUUCGACAAGAACCACGAGCGAUUCCGCAUCGUCAGCUGGAAGCUGGACGAGCUGCACUGCCAGUUCCUGGUGCCGCCGCCGCCGCCGCCGCCGCCGCCGGGCAGCCCGCACUCGCCGCCGCCGCCGCCGCUCACACUCCACUGCAACAUCACGGAAUCUUACCCAUCUUCUUCACCAAUAUGGUUUGUGGACUCUGAUGACCCAAAUCUGGCAUCGGUUCUGGAACGCUUAGAGGACACUAAGAACAACAAUUUGCUUCGUCAGCAAUUGAAGUGGUUGAUAUGUGAACUCUGCAGAUUAUAUAACCUUCCUAAGCACCUGGAUGUUGAGAUGCUAGAUCAACCACUACCCACGGGUCAGAAUGGGACAACUGAAGAGGUAACUUCAGAAGAGGAAGAAGAGGAAGAGAUGGCUGAAGAUAUAGAAGACUUGGAUCACUAUGAGAUGAAGGAAGAAGAGCCUAUUAAUGGGAAAAAGUCAGAGGACGAAGGAAUUGAAAAAGAAAAUUUGGCAAUAUUGGAGAAAAUUAGGAAGACUCAAAGACAAGACCAUUUAAAUGGUGCAGUGUCUGGGUCAGUGCAAGCAUCAGAUAGACUCAUGAAGGAGCUCAGGGACGUCUACAGAUCACAGAGCUACAAGGCAGGGAUUUAUUCAGUGGAACUAAUUAAUGACAGCUUAUAUGACUGGCAUGUCAAACUACACAAGGUUGACUCUGAUAGUCCUUUGCACAGUGAUCUUCAGAUCUUAAAAGAAAAAGAAGGCAUAGAAUAUAUUUUGCUUAACUUCUCUUUUAAGGAUAAUUUUCCAUUUGAUCCUCCAUUUGUUCGAGUGGUGUUACCUGUUCUCUCAGGAGGGUACGUGUUGGGUGGAGGAGCGUUAUGUAUGGAACUUCUUACAAAACAGGGCUGGAGCAGCGCCUACUCUAUAGAAUCGGUCAUCAUGCAGAUCAAUGCCACCUUGGUGAAAGGCAAGGCCCGAGUGCAGUUUGGAGCAAAUAAGAAUCAGUAUAAUCUAGCACGGGCCCAACAAUCCUAUAAUUCCAUUGUACAGAUACAUGAGAAAAAUGGCUGGUAUACACCUCCAAAGGAAGAUGGCUAACUAUGCUGACAUAUGUCUGGACCAAUGUUGCUUUAAAGAAAAUCGUUCCAACGUGCAGACAUAAGCUUUUGAGUGCCCGUAUAACAGCAGUACCGAAGACAUUAGCUAAUAGAUCAUUUAGUGGAUAAUCUGUCAACUGACAUCCAGAUACAGCCUUUUCAUUUUGCUCACUUUAGGUAUCUUGGACUGAACAGUGGGGCCUUUACUGUAUUUUUCCUGAUAAGUACACACAAUAGCCACUCCCUACCACCUCUUUCUUGAAAAGUGAAAUCUUUUAAGCAAGCAGGGAAGUCAGCAUCAGUUUACUGCAGCUGUGAAUUUACAGUAACCUUCCUAUAUUGAGCCUAUGGGGUAUGAAGAUUUGCAAAAUCCUGUUCGUUUAGAGCCAAUAAAAGUUUAACUGAUGGUCAAUACUGGUUUAGGAGUUUUAGGUCUUCUAAACCAUAGUGUUUUCAGGUCUGAAAUCUUUUUAUUGCCAAAAUUAUGACAGGAAGCCUCUUCAUUAAAUUGUUAACUUUUUCA